AAUAUUUAUAUGUACAUAUAUACAUAGGUACGACCCUGCUGCAACAUCAAGAUCGUUGAAUACCUAAAACAUCGAUGAUGAAAACAGAUUACAUAUUCCCAUUUUCGGGUACAUAUAAUAUCUUUCAUUGUUUCUUUCUGAUAAUAGUCUUUCCUUUCGCAUAAUUUCUAUCAGACUUUUUCUAAAACUCAAUCGACGAUCACAAAAGUUUGUACAAUUCAUUUCGUACAUAUUUUUGGUCGUCUAACUUUGCUUUCGUCGUUGUAUUGUAGAAAAUGAAUAACCACGUCACCUGUUUGUAGACGAUUCAGUGGAAAAAGCUUACAAACGUGUGUUCAAACCGUUUGAUGUCUCAACUGCGAGUAUUAAAUACAUACUUACGAUUCACGUACAUUUAUACAUACAUACAUACCCGUAAACACACACACGUAUGUAUUCUCAUCCGUACGUAAGUAAGUAAGUAAGUAAGUAAGUAAGUAAGUGAGUAAGUAAGUAAGUAAGCAAGGUACAUACAUACAUACGUAAAGCAGAAAGGUGGAUAAAAAUUUUCCAACUAUAUACGUGGCACAAUAGGCGGUCGUAAUGGCAUCUUACUCGGAAGAUCAAUUGGCAGAAUUCCAGGAAGCAUUUCAACUUUUUGACAGUCGUGGAGAUGGAAAAAUUCAUGUGGCACAAAUUGGAGACGCGCUGCGUGCUCUAGGACAGAAUCCAACUGAAUCGGAUGUAAAGAAAUUUACCCAUCAACACAAACCUGAUGAACGUAUUAGUUUUGAAGUAUUUCUACCCAUCUAUCAAGCUAUAAGUAAAUCCCGCACUUCGGAUACAGCUGAUGACUUUAUAGAGGGUUUACGUCACUUCGAUAAGGAUGGAAAUGGUUUUAUUUCUUCCGCCGAAUUGAGACAUCUGCUGACAACGUUAGGUGAGAAACUCAGCGAUGAAGAAGUUGAAACAUUAUUGGCCGGUCACGAAGAUUCACAGGGUAAUAUUAAUUACGAAGACUUUGUUCGUCAAGUGAUGUGCGGUUGAACUUCUAUUUUGAGCAUAUACAUAUGAAAUAUUUUAUCCUAAGAAUCUUAUCAUAAAAGGCAUAUAACUAUUUAA